AUGGCGACGCUCGCGUCUCCGAGCUUCGUCGGUGCCGCAUCGCGAUGGACACGUGGCGAGCGCAUGGGCGUCGAGGACCGAAGAGCGGCGACGAAGGCUCCCCGGAGGACGCAUCGGGCCACUCCGACUCGGCACCUCCUCGCGAGGAACGCGGCGGCCGACGGCGACCCGACGUGGGGCCUGGACCUGGACUCGGACGACGGCGUGGAGGGAGUGGAGCCCCCGCAAGGCCGGUUCGUGGCCCCCAUCCCUCCGAACGACGUGCACCUCAAAUCUCCGAAGCAGUGGUCCCCGGUCUCCUUCGCCUUUCUCGGGGACGCGGUGUGGGAGCUCUACGUCCGACGGGCGUUCUUCGCGCCGCCGUGUAAGCCCGUCGACUACGACCUCAAGACCAAGCGAGCCGCUCGCGCCGAGGCGCAGGACAUGGUGCUCAGGGCGCUGAUGGACGAGGCGGAUCCGUUCUUCACCGAGGAAGAGCUGGCGGUGGUGCGUUGGGGUAGGAACGGGGGAAGCGCGGGGAACACGCCGUCGAGGCUGAGGGGGAAGAACAAGGGCGGGUUCGCGAUAUACAGGAACGCGUCGGCGCUCGAGUGCGUGGUCGGGUACCUGUACAUCUCAGACGGCGACAGGUUGACGCAGAUGAUGGAGCGGGUCAUCGGGAGCGGGCUGCUGGAGAGGACCACGCUGGAGAAGUGGAAGUGA